UUAGCAUGAUCGGUUUCUUGAGACCACAUCUGUAUAGGUAAACUUCAUAUGCAAUCCUUUCUGACUUCAUCGAUGUUUUUAGGUGCAUGAAGAUUUCGUGUUGUUGGAGACUGCAGACUCGUGUCGUGUCAAAUUACCGGCCACUCAGAUAUCAAAGAAGUUCACCGAGUUAUUGAAAAAGGAGCGAAUUUCAUUGGAUUCAUCUUUCGUUAUUGGACAGAUGGUCCCAUUUCGCGUAAUGCAGAAGAGCGUAGAAACGGGUUCCAUUCCAGUUACUAAGAAAAAAAGCACGGAUGGCAAGAAGAAGUCAUCUUCUUUGCCGAUUGUGAGCUGUGAUCCAGUUAAGCUCAACGCUCACCUCUCUCCCGCUAGGCUCGUGCCUGGUCUCGUUCUGCAUGCUAUAGUUGAUAGCUUGGAAGAAAAAGGGGCUUUACUUGACAUCGGUCUCCAGUCUGUGCAAGCCUUCUUACCAAACAAAAAUCAGCAGCGAACUGUCCAGGAGGGUCAGCCUAUAGUCAUUCGUAUUGAAACUGCGAAAACCUCGAGAGUGGUUGUUGUUACUUCUUUCGUUGAGCAGGACAAUCUCAGCACAGAGGCAUGUGAGAGCUUGCAAUUGAACCACCUGAUGCCAGGCACAAUCAUUGACUGCGAGCCAGACCCAGAGCCUACAGUCACUGCUGGGGUAUAUGUUACUCUGGGUAAUGGUGCGUUACUUUCAAAGUCGCUGGAUCAUCACCGUAAUUUCCAGCUUGUCAUUCGA